UGUGUGGUGAUCUUAAAGUAUUAACCAUGCUUCUUGGACAACAAUCUGGAUAUACCAAAUAUCCUUGUUUUAUUUGUCAGUGGGACAGUCGAGCAAGAGAACGGCAUUGGGAACAAAAGGAUUGGCCUUUAAGACAAUCUCUUGAUCCAGGAUCACACAACGUGAUUAAUGAACCUUUAGUAGAUCCCAAAAACGUUCUUCUUCCUCCACUGCAUAUCAAAUUAGGUUUGAUGAAGCAGUUUGUGAAGGCUUUGAAUAAAGAGGGUCAGUGUUUCAAACAUCUCCAGAAAGUGUUCCCAUUUUUGUCUGAAGCAAAAAUAAAGGAAGGCGUUUUUGUUGGACCUGAUAUAAGAAUCCUGAUGAAAACAACAGACUUCGAGGAAGUAAUGACAAAGGAUGAAAAAUCGGCAUGGACGAGUUUUAAGAAAGUUAUUGAUGGUUUUUUGGGAAAUAACAAGCACAUAGAUGUAUUUCCUGAAAACCUUGGAGAUGUCAGUGAAGAACAGGGAGAGAGAUUCCACCAAGACAUUAAAGAAAUGGAACGUAGAUAUCAAGGGCGGUGGAGAGCAACUAUGUUGGCCGACUACUGUUGGUGUCUACAGCGUGAUGAAGUGAAUGCAAAUCAUAAGAGGCGUUCUGGUACUCGAAGUCUACAAGAGAAGAAGAAAAGAUAUCGCAAAUCAUGAAAACUGACAGAUAUAUAGUGUGAAAGGGACCAUAAAUACGAAAAAUUGUUACGACACACACACGCACGCACACACACACACAAUAGAGACGGUUUGGAGUCAAAAAAUACCUCGGAAGUGACGAGCCGAGGGGUCCCUCUUGAUUGUAAAACACACACACA